AUGGCUGAAAGCAGUUCUAUUCGUCGGCGCUCUGUCGAGCCUACAUCGCACAACAUCGAGCCCAAGGGUGGUGCUUAUGACAACGUCUCUUCCGAUCUUAAGGAUGUUGUUGAGCUCGAUGCUGGGUAUCUGGCCCAGCAGGAGGGGUGGGGCGAUACGGACGCCGACCUUCGCGAUAUGAAGCGACUGGGCAAGAAGCAAGAAUUCAAGCGUAACUUCUCCUUCUGGUCGACCCUCGGAUUCGUCUCAAUCUAUAUGGCCACAUGGGAGUUCGUCCUGGUAUCGUUGUCUGUCGGCCUGGCCAAUGGAGGCUUCGCCGGACUCUUCUGGUGCUUCAUCACUACCGUCAUCUGCUAUGGUUUCGUCGUGGCUUCGCUCGCCGAAAUGGAGUCUAUGGCGCCUACGAGUGGUGGCCAAUACCACUGGGUUUCUGAAUUUGCUCCACCACAGUAUCAGCGUGUACUGUCUUAUGCUUCAGGCUGGAUGUCGACCCUUGGAUGGCUUGCGUCCGUCGCUAGUAGUGUCUAUGUUUGCGGCACCCAAAUACAAGCCAUGGUCAAUGUCCUGCAGCCGGACGUUGUUAUGGAGCCCUGGAAGAUCACUUUGAUCAUGUUCGCCGUCAUUGGAAUCACGAUUAUCUUCAACACUUAUGGAGCAAGCAUUUUGCCGUCUCUCGAGAUUGCUAGUUUGAUAGGACAUAUUGCAGGCUUCUUCGUGGUCAUGAUUGCACUGCUAGUGCUUUGCCCGAAGAACUCUCCUUACGAUGUCUUUCUCCACUUCGAAGCCAAUGGCGGCUGGAGUCCGGGUCCUGCUUAUUUGGUCUCUCAAGUCACGAUCAUCUACUGCAAUCUCGGGUCAGAUUCUGUAGUGCAUAUCUCGGAGGAAGUCGAAGAUGCCUCUCUUGUUGUGCCAAGGUGUAUGUUCUGGUCGUUCAUUUACAACACUGUUAUCGGCAUUGUUAUGCUCAUUGUAAUGCUAUUCUGCAUUGGUCCGCUAGAAGACGUCGUCAACUCGGACGUCCCAUACUUACUCCUCUUCAACAACACCGGCAGUCCAGCCCUCUCACUGGUCCUCAAUGUUAUCGUCUUCUUGCUUGUCUACGCAGGCAAUAUCACAGCGUUAGCCACCUGUGCUCGUGAGAUGUGGGCGUUCGCCCGUGACAAAGGUCUACCAUUCAGCGGCUGGAUCGGCAAGAUGGACCGCAAGUCGAGCAUCCCUUUCAACUCAGUCUACGCCACGAGCGCGGCUUGUGUUGUCCUGGCUCUGAUUCAACUCGGCAGUACCGUGGCCUUCAAUAUUAUCGUCUCGCUCUCCGUACUGGGCUUGAUGAGCACUUACAUGAUUUCUAUCGGCUGCGUUUUCCAUAGACGCAUCACUGGUCAGCCCUUGCCUCAUGCACGAUGGAGUCUUGGACGAUAUGCGCUCUGGAUCAAUGGUUUUGCGCUGUUCUACUCAUUCUUCUUGCUCAUCUUCUGUUGCUUUCCAUCAUAUCUGCCCGUCGAUGCUAGCUCUGCGAAUUGGGCGCCUGUGGUAUGGCUCGCGGUCAUCAUUAUCGCCGUUAUUGUGUAUAUCACUUAUGGCAAGAAGCACUACACUGCACCUGUCGACUUUGUGGAGGGCAGAAAGAUGGCUGGCGUGGGUUUGCAGUCUACAGAGUAA